AUAGCACAGCUGAUUUAGGAAUUCAGUAAAUUUCGUAACGUGACCAACUGUAUGCACUAUGGUUAUUUGUAAAUAUUAUCAGCAAGGCAAUUGUCGCUAUGGACAGUACUGUCAAUUCGAACAUAUAAAUACUUUCGACACUAAUUCCAAAGUCAACAAUUAUAAUGAAGACGAAUAUACGGCGGUUGCGGUCGCGAAAGAGGUGCUCAGUGCUGAAAGAGGAGGACAAUGGUUGCUAUCAUGUUUUGCACCACUGAAACAAAGACCUUGCAUUCCUGGCAUGGAAGAUGUUUCUCCGGAAGAAGUGCGGUGGAGAAUGUAUCAGGCACAAAAGACUGGGACGGUGGAACAAGCGAAACUGCAUUUUCAACAGCUAUGCCAAGACAUGAAGGCUAAACGAGAAGCCUUAAAAAAUCCUACUCUCGAGACAAUAGCAAUGCUGAAAGAACUUCAAGGAACAGGUCAAAAAGGUAAAUUAACCACAGGUGGAAAUACAGCCAGAAAAUCAUCCAAUUUUUCAUUUGCAACUCCUCAACUAGGACUACCUGGCAAUACUUCGGCUUCCAAUGUCUUUGGAAAUAAAACAUUUGGAAAUCAAAGCAACCCUUUCAGCGGAGGUUUUACUUCCCCGAGUACCACAUCGAUAUUUGGACGGACAAAUACAACUUCAAAUUCUGUAUUUGGCGGGACUCCAUCUUUUGGCGGUGGUUUAGGCUGUUUUAGCGGCGGAACCAGUACUAGUUCCGUGUUUGGCGGAACCACGAAUACCACUGGUGCUACAACCUUCAAUUCAGGACAAAACGCGCAGUCUUUUGGAACGAACAGUUCAAUUUUUGGCGCAGGAACCUCGCAGUCUGUCUUCGGACAGCCUAGCGUAUUUGGAACAUCCGGUCAAGUGAACAAUGUUUUUGGUAGACCCCAAACGUCGCAGUCGGCAACAUCGGCCUUUAACACCGGAGCAACGUCUUCUCAGUCGCUAUUUAGCGGUGGCUCUGCCCCUCAACCAAACACGUCUCUAUUCGGAGGAGCCAAAACCACUGCCAAUCCAUUCGGUGGUUCUCCGACGUUGCAGACUACGAACCCUCUCUUCGGGACGACCCCGUCGUCGGGGUCAUUCAGUUCCGGAAUAUUUUCCCAACCAAAAACGGUACCUGCUUUCGGAAGGGCGCCCGUUUUUGGCGGCGGACCGAAUUUUGGAACCGCAGCUGGUCAGGUAUUCAGCGAACAACCGACGUUCGGUAGCUCUAGCAAUAUUUUUGGCGGACCCAGUACCACGACACCAACCUUCAGCUCCGCCGCUCAAUCCGCAAACGCUUUCGGGGUUCCCGUAUCCACGCCUGCCGCGAAUUUAUUCGGAAACGCUCAAAAUUCCGCACCUGCUAUAUCCACGCCUAACGUAUCUCCGUUCGGUGCAACCACACCUACGACUAGCACUCCUUUCGCCACUCCAACUUCACAGUUCGAAGCCACCAGCUCGACUGCUGGUCCUUUCUCAAGACCUACGUUUGGCAUGACCACGGGGACCACCAGCGAAACUUUCGGCACUACUGUCACAUCUUCUGGCACGUCGUUCAGCACCGCGACUACCGGAAUCACGUUUGGGACGCCUAGCACCACGGCCCCACUUUUUACGCCGUCUACGUUCAGUGACUUGAAGAGUUCACCGUUCGCAACCACGAGCACUACAGUCACGACUACAACGACGAAUCCGUUCGUUCCUAGAACACAACAGACCACCUCGCCGUUUGGCAAUUUUGCUCAAAGCAAUUCAGCUAAUACGGUUACAGUAUCUUCGACCGUACCGUUCGGAAAAUCGUUGUUCGGUGCAACGAUGAUAACGGCUGUUAUCGACGAUAGUGUUUACUCGAUAGAAGGUCAAUUAACGGACGACGAGAAGAGCAUGUAUUUAGCGGAGAAAUUUACCUUUGGCAAGAUUCCGCUAAAGCCUCCUACCAAAGAUAUAAGGUGACUUAACAUCGUGAGUGAUUAAUGGAACAUAUACAUAUGUGCUGUGAUAAUUUGUUUCCUAUGCAUACGCAACAAAGAUCAAUUUCACAGAACUAUAAUAAUAAUAAUAAUAAUAAAUAAUAUAUUUGUUAUCGAUGCGUUUCAAUUUUGUAAAGAACUUUAUGAAAAUGUCUCUUCUCUUAACAAACAUGACGAAA